ACUACUGAAAGGUUGCUGCUGCAAGCCAUGUGUUACGGUGGGAUUUGUGACUUCCAGAGGAGAGAAUUUCGAUCCAGGAAUAAAAGCUUGAAACACAAACUCUUGUUUGGAAACAAGCUAUGUGGCCUACGUGCAGAAGAGUCAAAAAAAGUUCAAUCCCAGCUGAAGGAACUUCGUUAUGGGAAGAAGGAUUUAUUAUUUAAGGCCCAACAGCUUACUGAUCUGGAACAAAAAUUAGCUGUAGCCAAAAAUGAACUGGAGAAAGCAGCUCUUGACCGGGAGUCACAGCUGAAAGCAAUGAAAGAGACUGUACAACUCUGCCUCUCAACUGUUUUCCGUGAUCAGCAGCUUCCCCAUUUGAAUCCCUUCAGGCCGUAUGGAACUCAGAUAUCAGUCCCAACCAUGAUAACUGACCCUAGGACUGCAUAUGUAAGCACAACAGCCAAG